GGAAACCAAAACAAACAGCAGGAACCUGCCAGUGUUUCUCCAUUUAUCGUAAACAAGAAAGUGAUAGAGCGGAAAAGGUCUUAUCUAUUAUUAGUGAGAGCUGGUCGACUCGUCCUUUUUGCAAAAGAGACGAAGACUUGAACAACGUAAGACUCAUGAUGACGUCGAAGCGGGUAACAGCCGUGCUAGGCUGCUUGGUGUUCGUGUCAUGGGUACUUACUAUCGUACAAGCCGGGGAACAUACAGUUGUUGCAGUAGUUGUUAAGGACAAGAAUGACCCCCCAGGCGCCCCAGUACUAAAUAUCGGAGGCAAGAAAGUAAAGGCUAUCAAACUUGAAGUUCCAGCACACCAGACAAAUGCCGCAUACCCCAAGGCCAGCCAGACAAAUGCCGUAUACCCAGAGGCUAGCCAACAAGACCAGGCUCCUGCCCAGCAUGUCGCCAAACCAGUAUCGGAUGGACUACCUGUGGUAGAAGUCAAACCCCAGAAGACAAUGCACUUUAAACUUGUCAAGCUGAGUGAUGAGGACAUAAAAAAAAUUGAGGAUGAAAAGAAAAAGAAACUCGAGGACAAAAAGCUGGAGAAGAAAUUGUAUCCAUGCGAAGACUACAGCCCAUUUUGUCACCACUAUACUGCUACGUUCAUGCCAUCUGCCAUGAGCGCCGAGGGACGGGCACCUCAGUGCAGAGACUUCUACAUGCAGAAGAACUGCAGGGAGACUUGCAACCUUUGUCACAUACCCCUGGGCGUCUACCUCGGCGGACAAGACACGGACCAUUGCGCGCAUCUGGCCAAGAACCAAUGCGUCCACGACUGGGUCAAAGAGACAUGCAAGAACAAGUGUGGGGGCAACGCAUAUUCACGAGUCGGCGUGUCCAACAUCUUUGUUGGUAAGAAGAAAUCUAUUGUACACAAGCUCACAAAGGAGACUCGGCCAAAGUCUGCAUCAAAAGAAGCUCCGCAAAUCAAGCUUCAGUCAGAGCAACAGAAAGAAGAGAACGCCAUUCCUAAAAGAGCUAAGCCUGAGCCCAAGGGAGAAGACGCAGAGGUCAGCGGCAGUGACGAUAGCGGAAGUGCUGAUGACAAUAAAAUUGGAAGUGGUUCCGGUGCCGAGGAUGAGGAAGAUGAGCCUGAAGAAGACGAAGAAGACGAUGAAGAGACUAAGGAAGCAAAACCCAUCAUUCAGACACCAUCCAAGAAAGAGACCACUAGCAAACUGGCUGAACCUGUUACAAACCCCGUAAAAUCGGUUGCUAAGGCAACUGCUACUAAGGUGGCUAAAGUUGUAAAAAAGAAAGCUGAUCUUGUUGUCAAGAAAUUAAAAGCUGUUGCUGAAAAGUUAAAGGAAGCUCUCAAGAAAGCCGACCCUGUCGCUGAAAAACCAAAACCUGUUGUUGCUAAGGCCGUUGCUAAGAACGUUGCCAAGGCCGCCAAGGAUGUUGCCAAGAAAGCAGACCACGCUGUCCGAGCUCAACCAGCAGUCAACAAAGUUGUCAAGGCCACCAAAGCCAAGAAGAACUAGAUUUUUUCCCUAGCUAUGCCUUUUGUAUCAUUUCGUGUUUAAAUGCUGGUAUUUCUCACACAAUAGAAAGUGCAUUUUUACAUGAAACCAUGUUUCAGUUGAAAACGUAAGUAAAAAUUAUUUGCGCUGUAAAGGUAAAUUCAAUGCUUUGCAUUCUUUUUUUUAGUCUCAAUAUAAAUGUGAAAAAAUUACAAUAAAAAAUAAUAUAACAAAA